AUGACCAAGCUUCAUUAUUUUUUAAAUAAUAUAGGCAUUGGUGGUGUACUUGUGUUCAUUGCUACAGAAUAUAACAAAAUGAAGUAUGGUAAAAAUAAACCUCCUGAACUAGAGUACAAGCUAAAGAUGGCAAAGGUACAAUUUAUUAUUAUUGCAUUUAUUUAUCUCACUACUCUGUACUACAGCAGUUAAGUUGUUGGAGUGUUAGGCUCAGCAUAUGCAUGACUCCAUGAACCUGUAAAUACAGACCUUUUUUAGUUUAAAAUUUGGAUACAUAUUAAUUUUUACAAAUAUUUAUGAGUUAAAAAUGCGUAAAAAUUUAUUCAUGUCAUAUACUCUUUAAGUUUUUUUGCUUAAUUUCCUCUUUUUUCACCAGAAAAGUUAGCACCAUUAUCUUUAUUGAAGGAGGGUAAGCCCUCUCUUGGUCACAAAUCUCUAACAAAUGCUCUAACAUUUGAAAACUUAUUUCCACCACCCUGACAUUCUUGCAAAUACUUGUAGUAGAAUGAUGAUGGCUAUCACGUUUUCCAGUCAAAGUGACUCGCGUUCACGUGCAAGUACUGUGUAGUAUCAAGAAAAUCUCCUACUAACAGUCGUCCUUGUCUUAGAAUCCAAUAGUCUCUAAUGGUGUCACCAUGACAAUAAUGAAAUGCCAUUGGAUAGUACAGUAUCACUGACUUUUCAAGGUAGUUAUCCUUACUUAUUCUUGAUUUUCAUUUGCGUUUUGUUUAAGAAAAAAGAUAUGGAAGGAGAUAAGGAUCAGUCCAUCAAGUUAUUGAAAGAAGCUCUCAAACUUAUCCAUGGAUAUUUUGAGAGAACCAAAAACAACAAACCAGAAUCAACUGAACAAGAAAAAAAGGACAAAAUAAAAACGCAUAAGUAUUUGAGAUACGUGCUGGAUCAGGUAAUAUUUGAAUUGAGUUGUAUAUUUUAUAUUUGGCAGAAAAACAGUUUUGCAGGAUACUGGUAAUCCAAAUGAUUAAAGGGAUGCAAAAAGUUAAAUUUUUGUGACUUUGUUUGCAACAAAUAAUAAAUAAUUAAUUAUUUUAUUAAAUGAAGUUAUUGACUCAUAUCUCUACAUUGUACUUUGAAGAAAUUGGGUUGUUCCAAAAAUAUCCACACUCCCUUCCCUUGAAAAAUCCCACUCAGGAUCCAAAGUAAGAUUUCAGAGGAUUCCAACAUGAUCCUAACCAAAGACCUUUCCAAAAUACUUUCCAAGAUCCUGUUAAAAAUUUUAUACAAUCCUAACCAGGAUCUUAUAAAAUUCUCCAUGAUUCUAACCAGGAUCUUAUUAUAAGGAUCCAAUAAGAUAAACUAUAAGGAUCCUAUCAUGAUCCUGUUUAAUCCCAUUAAGUGUUCUCGUAAAAUGCUAUCAGGAUCAAUCCCUUAGACUCCUACAAGAUAUUUUCAGCAUCCUAUAAUUUUCAACAAAAUAGAAAUCAAACAUCAGAAAUUUCACAAAAAAAUAUUCUGGAUAAAUGGGAAUGCGAAAUUGUUUGAGACAAAAUUACCAUAUUACCAGUUAAGUGCUCUAAUCAGUUAGCUGCAUGCACAGGGUAGUUCAUCAUCCUGUUUAAUAUUUCACAGGAUUCUGUUGAGUCCUGCAGAAUCCCGUACAGGAUCCCAUAGGAUCUUCUCCAGAAUUAAUUAGGAGUCCAUAGGAGAUCCUGUAGGAUCUUGUCCAGAAUUGAUAACCAGUCCAUAGGAUGUUGUCUAGGAUCCCGUAGGAUCUUGUCCAGAAUUCAUUAGGAGUCCAUAGGAUGUUGUCUAGGAUCCCGUAGGAUCUUGUCCAGAAUUGAUUAGGAGUCCAUAGGAUCUUGUCUAGGAUCCUGUAGGAUCUUGUCCAGAAUUGAUAAUCAGUCCAUAGGAUGUUGUCUAGGAUCCCGUAGGAUCUUGUCCAGAAUUGAUUAGGAGUCCAUAGGAUGUUGUCUAGGAUCACUAAGCAAUUUGUCCAGAAUUGAUGAGGAGUCCAUAAGAUGUUUUCUAGGAUCCUGUGGGAUCUUGUCCAGAAUUGAUUAGGAGUCCAUAGGAUGUUUUCUAGGAUCCCGUAGGAUCUUGUCCAGAAUUGAUUAGGAGUCCAUAAGAUGUUUUCUAGGAUCCCGUAGGAUCUUGUCCAGAAUUGAUUAGGAGUCCAUAAGAUGUUUUCUAGGAUCCUGUGGGAUCUUGUCCAGAAUUGAUUAGGAGUCCAUAGGAUCUUGUCUAGGAUCUCAUAGGAUCUUGUCCAGAACUGAUUAGGAGUCCAUAGGAUCUUGUCUAGGAUCCCAUAGGUUCUUGUCCAUAAUUGAUUAGGAGUCAUAGGAUGUUGUCGAGAAUCCUGUAGGAUGUUGUCCAGAAUUGAUUAGGAUUCCAUAGGAUGUUGUCUAGGAUCCCGUAGGAUCUUGCCCAGAAUUGGUUAGGAGUCCAUAGGAUGUUGUCUAGGAUCCCAUAGGAUCUUGUCCAGAACUGAUUAGGAGUCCAUAGGAUCUUGUCUAGGAUCCCAUAGGUUCUUGUCCAUAAUUGAUUAGGAGUCAUAGUAUCUUGUCUAGGAUCAUCUAGGAUCCUGUGUAGGAAUGUGUCUAGAAUUUUGUUUAGGAUUGUCAAGGAUCCUAGAUGGGAACCAACAUGAUCAUGUCAAUGAGUUUUUUAGGAUUCCAAAGGAUCUUGUCUACCAACAUGUCAAGGGUGCUUUAGGAUUCUAUAGGAUCUUUCUAGGAUUGUCCAGGAUCCUAGGUAGGAACCUACACUAUCAUGUCAAGGAUUCUUUAAGAUACCCGCCUGUUCAUGACCUCUGUAGGCCUUUUUCACAAACCUUGUCUGUGCAUCUGAACUGCUUCAAUAGACACUUUCUUAUUUCUUAAUUCAUACACAUGUUAAUGUAUUUUGUUUUUAAUUAUAGUUGGCAAAUUUGUCAUUCCAACUUCAAAAAUGGAGUGAGGUAAAUGUACUGAGAUGUAACACAUGUUUGGUUUUAAACCUCUCAACUACUGAUAUUAGAAUCAAAAGUGAUACCCUUUGCCUGUAAUAUUCCCCACAUAUUUUAGCUUGAUCAUUGUUUAAAGAAUCUAUCUCCAUUUCUCUAGAAGGUUUUAAAGUCAGGAUUCCACCUAAUCUCUUAAUUUUUUUUUCAAUUUUAAGUUAAAUAUUGGUUUUGAUAUUACAAAUAAAACAUGUUUUGUAAUGCUUUUGUUGAGAUGGCCAUGUUUACUAAUCAGGCACCAAUCAACCAUGCAGCCUAUAUAAAUUCUGACUUCCUGUACCUUUAGGUUGCAUGCACACUUAAAUUUUUUUUAUUGUAUGUGCUUACCUUCUAACAACCAACACCACUUAGCUUCUCACUGAAGAAGGGCAAAACCCAAAACUUUUGAACUGUUUAUAGCACUUUUGUUCAACUUUACCGUUACAUAUUGUAGUAACAAGUAUACGGGAAGUUUUCUGAUUAUUUUUUACGAUCAAAUGUUUUAUACAGUAUGCUCCUUUGGUUCUUUGCUUACAGUUAGGUGCCCAUUAGAUUCUACAGGAUGUAUACUUAAAGUACAUAAAGUAAUAAUGGUUGUAUGUCUGGUCGAUUGUUCUUCUGUAUUAAACUUAUGAUGCAUCUUCCUUCUAAUUUUUAGGCAGAGCACUAUUUUCGCCUACUACUACAAGAUCUUUUAUCAUCGGAUAUCCCUAAGGUUAGUCAUGGUUUUAAAUGGGACAAUGAUUGUUAUAACGAAUUCUCAUGAAUUUUUUUCUUCACAUUAUUAGGAUGAUGAUGGAGUAGUUGAAGUAUCCCUCAAGCUUUCCAUAGCUUGCGCUCACCAAGAAAAGUGAGUUGAUCAAACUGUCUGUAAAGUUUUUAUUUAAGAUUUGUUUAAAUUGCUACCUACCUUUACAGAUACAUGCCUCUAGCCUGAAAAGUUACCCCUUUUAAGCAGAAAAUCCCCAUUACAGGGAAGGAGCUUGAUUAAGGGAGAAGAGAACAGUUGCUGAUGUGUCAAUUUUAUUUGCAGACAUGAACUUGCUGCUCAAGGAUUCCAGUGGGCAACAGAUACUAUACAGAAGAAAGUAAAUGAAUCUCCAGAUGUAACAGAAAACAGGUAAGGUACAUCACUCUUAACAGCUGACAUUUUCUCCACACAGUUUCCUUACACUUCCUAUUAUUCCGAUGAUGAGAAUUUGUUUUUUUCAAUAUGCGAAAAUUCAGUCUAGCCACAUACGCAACGCCCCCUUUCCCCCUUUCACUUCCCCCUUCCCGUCCCCCCCCUUAUCCCCCCUUCCCCUUUUGCCCUUCCACCUGCCCCCUCCCCCCUUACCCCCUCCACGCUUCCCCCCUUCCUUCUAACAGGGUAUCUCUCAUUGCCUUCUUCUGCUGUUGGCCCAGUGGAACUGACAAGAGUUGGCUAUUCAUAAGCUAACAUUGUAUGAUUGUAUUUCAGCAAGGCGCUGCUAGGUGUGUGCCUUGAGGGGUGGGGGACGUAUCUCCUUUCACAAGACAAACCCACUGAAGCUGCGCAGUUGCUGACUAGGGCAUUGAAGGUUUCUAAAGAGGUUCUGGGAGAGGAUCAUGAGCAGGUAUGUAGCUGAAUUAACCGACCACAGAAGGUACCUUUAAAGACCCAAGGUACCAGAAAAUUACCUGUUACCAUAAAUACGUGCCCGGACGCUUAUAACAAGAAGAACAAAAAUAUGCGAAAGAAACAGUUGCGUUAAAACGUGUAUUUUCGGGAUAGAAUUUGUAACCCUGAAUCCCACUUGAUAGACCAGCGUUCAAUUUACUUACUGCUAACAGUGGAGAGAUUAUAACUUCCGCCCUUCGCCAUUACAUGUAGUCCCUGCUCCUUGUGCGCUCAAAUUCGCGCUUUGCUUUUUGCUUGCCGUUUAUUUACUGCUCGAUCUCCGGGCUUAUCCCUCUGACCAUCCAAUACAAGGCUAAUAAAUGAAAUUAGAGACCUUUGGAAUCGAGGACGUGGCCGAGAUUUGACUUUUUCUUGUUUCGUGUAUUCUCCAAAAAGACAUCUCGAAGAGCUUCAUUUUACUUUUUUUUUUAAUCAGUAAAGUUGACAGGGUUAUUUUAUUGAAGAAGUUUAUGCCCUCUUCCGAUCGCAAAAUGAUAAUACUUCUAAAAUUUGACAACUUGUUUCCGUCACUACGAACUUUAUGCUAAACUCGUAGUAGAAUGACGACGGCUACCACAUUUUCCCGCCAAAAUGACGCUGGUUCACGCGCGAGCACUACUUAGUAUUGAGAAAAUCUCGUUCGCCUAGUCUUGCUCACCUUGGAAUCUAACGGUCUCUAUUUUAAACUUGUUUUUAGACCACAGUGGUCCUUAAUAACCUAGCCAAGGCUUAUGCUGAGAGUGGAAAGUACGAACUGGCUGAAGAAAUGGCCAGAGAAGCUGUGCACAUUGCUGAACAGACUCAAAACACUCAUUUGUCACGCUUCGUGGCCAAUCUAGGAACCAUCCUUAACCUGGAAGGUAUACAUCUAUUAACAUGUUGCCGUGUGACCAUGAAAGUCAGUCAAUAAGGCCUGGUUGUAGCAGUUUGGAAGUUGGAUAGCGCCCCGGGGGGGGGCACUUUAGAAAUUUCUGGGUGGGGAUGUGCCGCUGGGACCCUGGAACCCUUAACCUUUACCAGAGCUAGUUCAGCUGAAUUUUGCUACCCUAUACUAGAGUAAACUCCCAAAAUCCCCCCUAUCCUAGAGUAGCUGUUUCCCUAGUCUAGGUAAAAUCUUCAACCAACUGAUCAGUUUCCUGAAAAAUGAUACCCUAUUCUAGACCCAAACGUUCUGAUUUAUAUACCCUAUCCUAGAGUAAACUGCUUGAAAACCAUACCCUUCACAGCGGCACAUACCUAUUUAUCCACCCUGUCCCAGAAUACACCGUACGAAAACCUUACCCUGCACCCCGCGCCUGACCUGUUUGCCCCACCUAUGGCCGUCCCCCCCCCCCGGGGGUAGGCGUAUCCCCUGGGUAAAGCGGCGGCGGGGGGAGGCGUUUCAGGGGGGGGGGGGGUGGGGUGGGAGGUGCUUCCUUAUAUAAGUCACAUAGGUUUGUGCCGCCCCAAAAGAUAUAGUUUUUGCGCCUUUUCGGUCUGAGAACGGGUAUAAAUUUUGUCCAUUUUGGUCUGGAAUCGGGUAUGGUUUUCAAGGGAACAACGGGAGAGUAUGUUUCAAUUCCAUAUGAAUAAGAAAGAAAGAGAUAUAUGCGAAUUCGAAAAGCUUUUUAAGAAAUCUUCUUGUUUGCGCUCUAAUCUAAGUAAUGAUGACAUAAUUUCUUAGACGCCAGUUCUGAAAACGGGUGUUCUUUGAUCUGAAAUAGGGUCAGGAUUUGGAGAACCGGGCGGCACACACCCCCACCAAGAAUUCCUAGGAGUACCCCCCCCCCCCCGGGAUACGCUUUUGGGAAAUGUAUUGGACUAUCCAGUGGAAAGAGAUUUUUUCGGCGGAUAGCGCCUAUGUGCGUUAUCCUGCGUAUAGUGAUUUAUCCGGUUGGUAACGUUAUGCACCUCUUUAACAACUGACUCCCUUCUGAACUGGGCCUGGUGUUUAGGCAGUUAAUUCUUGAUGCGUUUUUAAGUGCGAUAUCCAGACGGGGGGGGGAGCAGCUGAUCCCAGUAUGAAAGAAACGGGGAUACUUGUCAGAAAAUUAGACUUUUAGGGCAAAUUUGCAUCUUUCAUCUGGCUCCUUUGGCUGCUACACACUUUUUUCCUUUGUUAUGUUUAUUUCAAUGUAUAGUUAGCCAUGUUUUUACUUCUUUUUUUCUUAUUGUUGUUGUAUUGUAAUUGAAUUAGUGUGAAUAAAUGAACUUGGAACUUGAUUAGGGCGCCUACGAUGUGAACACCACUUAUUAAAUGUUUUGGCAACUAGCGUAAAAAAUACCCCGAGGGAGGGUUAAAUUGCGCUUUAAGUUGCCGCUUUAAUUGCGGAAAAUUCUGACCUAUUAAUUUCCCGUGUUAACGGACCGUUAAGCCCUUUAUUUAGCCUGCGAAGUGCUCGGGAUUGUUGUGCCCGGGGUACUUGACUGGCUCCCAAUCUUCGACAUCUUCAUGCGGCUCGGCCGCCACAAAACUACAGCACUCCCGCUAAUCCUGCCAGCUACGCAGGCUGCCCUUUAUUUUGGUUUCAACCCAAAUAACUGAUAAUGAGAGGUUAGCCUUCGUUUCUGGCGGGAUUACCGGACGUGCUGUUGUUUCUUGGCGGCGGAUCCGAGAAAAGAUUGAGAGCCUGAGCAUGACAAGGAACAAGUCAACGGAUUUCCCUCGCGACUUCGCCUCUCGCUCCUCGCGGCUCCGCCGCGAAGAAGGUAUCCCACGCAUAACAAUCCCGCCAGCUACGCAAGCUAGUGAUAGGCUAACAAGUCGCUUUGUUCCUUCCCUUAAGGUAACGUUUCAAAAGCAAAGGAAGCUCUGAAGAGAGCGCUUAAGCUAGCAGACGAGGCAAAAGAUGAAGAAACGAAAGAAAUGAUAACCGACAGCUUAGCAGAGAUGGAAGGAUGA